AUGGGCUUCCAGAAGUUCUCUCUCUUCCUGGCUCUCAGCACCUUGGUCCUGUACCAGGUGGGCAACCUCCAUGCAGGGCCAUUUAGGUCCUCCCUGCAGAGCAUCCCAGAGCUGACUAAGCUGAGUGAGGAGCAACUGCACAACCUGCUGGCUGCACUGGCGCAGGACUAUAAGCAGAUGAAGGCCGGUAAUCCAGCACAGGGGCUGGAGACAGAGGGCUCCAGCAUCACCACCCAGAAGAGAGCCUGCAACACUGCCACCUACAUUACUCAUCAGCUGGCAGGCUUGCUGAGCAGAUCAAGGGGUGUGGUGAAGAGCAACUGCAUGCCCACCAAUGUGGGUUCUAAAGUCUUUGGCCGGCGUCACAGGGACCUUCAGGCCUGA